AUGGAGGUGAUUCUGCCCACCAGUUAUACCACCUACGCGCAUGAGAAUGCCACCGCCGCGACAACAUGCGACACUGCGCGCUGGGAAAGUGCCGUGAAACAUAUCAUCGACGAUGUGUGGGUGGCCUUCAUGCAGACUCGACCAGAUCGCCUGCCUCCACACUCUGAUCAGAAAUUGGCUACGGACAUGUCGGAGGUGCAUUUCCCCUCGCCCCCGCAGUACGAUGACCCUCCCCCACCAUACGACGAGGCUGUACAUGACCUCCCGCCCGAAUACCCCGAGCUGCCUCUUCUUGCGCAUCGAAAGACUGCGCUUCCUCUCGCAAUUCCGGACGCUAUCGCAACAAAGUCUAAAUCACCGCCUCGCUCAAUAAUCAGAGACCCGUCACUAGGGGUGGAUAUUGAUUUUUCCGAUGUGAUCGGCGUACGCGAGCACAAGAAGAAAAAAUCAGCUGCGCAGAAGAAGACUUCCGCUCCCACACCCCCGGCUGAUAAUGGUGGCGGCGCCAGUGAUGGAGGAGGCGGAGGCGGAGGAGGAGAUGAUCAGGCCAAUGGCGAUGCCAAUGCGGGUGGUGAUGCAGGAGCCGGCGAUGGAGCCGGCGGUGCAGGAGGCGGUGGAGGAGGAGAUGAGAACAACGGCGAUGAAUGGGACUCUUGGGGGACCGUUUCUGGAAGCAAGAAAAAAAAGAGCAAAGAGGAGGAAGAGGAAGAAGAGAAAAAGGCUGCGGAAGCUGCUGCCAAGGACAAUCUCAGCUGGGCUGAUAAUGUCGAUGACGGGGGCGGCGGCGCGGGUGACUGGGCUGGGUUUGCAGUUUCUGGUCAAAAGAAGAAGGGCAAAGACGACGCGCCUCCAGGUGCCUUUCAGAAUAUCAGUCUAGAUAGUGCGGCGCCCCAGCUAGAUCUGAGUUUCGACGCCGGACCAAAGACAGGCGGCACUGGUUUCAGCUUCGGUGGAUGGGGCAAAGAUUGGAGCACCGGCGGUGGUGCUGCUUCCAGUAAAUGGGGACUUGGGGCAAUCGGAGAUCCGACCCCGAAAGAGGAGCCCAAACCCAACGAUCCUUGGGGCAAGGGCCACGCCACGCCAGGUGGCUUUGACUUUGGCGAUUUGGGCCAACCGGCCGCUGACACAGCCAAGGCGGGAGAUGAUUGGAAUUCCUGGGGGACUGCCUCCAAGGAUAAGAAGAAAAGCUUACUCGACCCGGAACCUGAGCCAGAGCCCAUCCCGGAGACCACCCCGGAGCCAGUCGCGCUGGAACCUUUGCCAGAGUUGGAUCUGGAACCCGAGCCUGAAAUUCCUGGAAACAUCCUUACUGACCCCUGGUAUAUCGGUCUUUCUAAGAAGGAACAGCGAAAGGCUAAGAAAGAAUGGGAGAAGAAGGUCAAAGACGCUGAAGAGGAGCUGGCGAAGGUCCGUGAAUCCAACGCAGCCAAACAGGCCGCGUACGAUGACGCCGUGAAAGCCCGAGAAGCCGCUGAGGCGCCCCUGGCUCCUGAGCCUCCUGCUCCGGAACCUGCUCAAGAGGUGCCCGCAGAGGGCGACGAAGAUUGGGGAUGGGCUGCGCCCAGGAAAGACAAGAAAAAGAAAAAGAUCGAUCUACUCGCGGACCCCGAGCCUGCCCUGAGCCCUCCAGCAGACGAAGACUGGGGUUCAAGUUGGGGUCUCCCGGGCAAGAAGGAUAAGAAAUCGAAGAAAGACCCAGAACCUCUGAUCGAGGCGCCACCCCCUCCUCCUCCUGCCCCCGACCCAGUGGAAUCCAAGGAACAAGAGGAAUCCUGGGGCUCCUGGGGAAUGCCUGUGAAGGACAAGAAAAAGAAGAAAGGCAAGGCUGAGCCGGAGCCGGAGCCGGAGCCUCUGGUUGAGGAACCUGCUCCUGAACCCGAGCCUGAGCCUGAACCUGAACCUGAACCUGAGCCCGAGCCCGAGCCAGAGGUUGUACCUGAAGCGGAGCCAGAACCAGCUCCUGUUCACGAUGAUCCCUUGUACGAUGGCUGGUACAGUUUGAACUCCAAAGACCGCAAGAAGCGGGAGAAGAAAUUGGUUCAAAAAGGUCUUCCGAUUCCGGGAAAAGACUUUGAACUUCCUAAGGAAAAGCCUGUCGAGCCUGAGCCGGUACCUCCUCCCGUCCCAGAGCCGGAGCCCGAGCCGGAGCCCGAGCCAGAACCAGAACCAGAACCAGAACCAGAGCCAGAGCCAGAGCCGGAGCCAGAACAGGAGCCAGAAUCCGAGCCUGUCGAGGAUAACUCAUGGGGAAUAUGGGGGACUGCUAAAGAUAAGAAGAAGAAAAAAGCUUUCGAUGAGCCGCCUCCUCCGGCACCAGAUCCUCCAUCCUUGGGAUUGACACCGGAACCUGAGUUCAUUGAGAAUCAUGACGAUAUAUGGGCUGAUGCGGCACCCAAGUCAAAAUCUACGAAAAAGACUAAGACCUCCGAACUGGCCAAGGAAGAAAAGCCAGCCGCGAAGGGAUUUUGGGCAUCUUUGACUGGAGGAUCGACAGCCAAAUCAAAGUCAACCAAGGAGAAAUUGAAACUGAAGGAAGAGACGCCUGAAGAAACGGAUGAUCUCCUUAUUGACGUUGAUCAUGAGGCUCAACAGGAAGUGGAUCUUGCUCCUGAACCAGAGCUUGAGCUGGCGCCAGAAGAGCCUGUCAUAGAAAAGGCGUCGAAAUUGAAGUCAGCUGGGAAGCUCUCCGUUGCCGAACGUAUCAAAGCUUUGGAGCAAACCAAGAAGGACAAGUUGAAAGAAGGUAAAUCAGGCUUAAAGUCAAAACCGAACGCACCCGAACCCGAAUCAAACGAACCAGAGCCGAAAUCUAAAGCCCAAGCUGAACCAGAACCAGAACCAGAAAUAGAGCCUGAACCCGAACCCGAACCCGAACCCGCUCCUCUCCACAAUGACCCGCUCUACGACGGAUGGCAUACUUUAUCUUCCAAGGAUCGAAAGAAACGCGAGAAAAAGCUUGUCCAAAAGGGCCUUCCCAUUCCAGGAAAGGACUUUGAGCUUCCUACAAACAAACCAGUGGAACCCGAACCAGCGCCAGAGGUGAAACCGGAGCCUGAGCCUGAACCUGAAUCUUUACCUGAGCCUGACAAUGUCAAACAAGUCUCUACCGACUCGAUCCCGGGGAGUUUCCCUGACGAGCCCGAGAUUGAAGUGGUUGAGCCGGAGCAAAUUGAAGAGCCAGCCCCUGAGCCGGUUCCUGAGCCAGUCCCUGAGCCUGAGCCGGAACUUGUGCCAGAGCCGGCGCCAGAGCCACCAGCUCCCGAUCUCUCGAAGAUGUCAAAGAAAGAGCUCAAGAAGUGGAAGAAGUCCGCUGCGGCUGCAGCGCUUGCCAAAGGACCUUCGCCUCCACCUGUUGAAGAGCCGCCUGCUGCAGCUCCGCUUCCCGAUCCCGAACCCGAGGCUGAACCUGAACCUGAGCCUGCACCCGAGCCUGAGCUUGAGCCCGAGCCUGAGCUUGAGCCCGAGCCUGAGCCUGAACCCGAAGCAGUCGCAGAACCAGAGCCUCCGGUAGAGCCUGACCUCGAUCAGGAAGGCGGCGAUGCUGAUAUUUCGACACCCCAACCAGACGCGGAGGAUCCUCCACAGUCGUCCAAGAAGGAUCGUCCUCGAGUCGAUCGUACUACCAGCAAUACCGGCUGGGGCUUCUGGGGAUCAGCACCGCCACCCAAGAAAUCCGCCAAGAAGGAGAGUAAAGAGAGCAAGGAACGUCAGACGAGCGAAGAGGCCGAGUCGCCUAAGAAGCGAGAGAAGGAAAGAGAGGCACGAAAGGCUCGCGAUCAAUCCCCCGUCAAAGCUGCUCGCUCCAAAUCCAGCAAGUCGCGUCCGAGGGAGUUGGAGCCCGAGGUCGAAAAGUCCUCAUCUGACCGAGAUAAGCGGAGAGAGCGCGAGCGAGAACGCGAGGGCCGUUCGUCCAAACAACAGCGUGCAGGGACCCUGUCUGGCUUGGUGUUCGGUCAGCCCUCGCCACGAACAAAGUCCACCCGGAAAACAGAGUCGUCGUCAAGAAGACCUUCAUCCAAGCCUUUGUCUCGGCGACCAUCUACUGACCAGGAUGACAAUGCUGCGAUGCCAACACCGACCCCCGACGACAUGCACGAGGUAAACGACAAGGCUGCCAAGCUAAUGGGCAUUCACGCUACCAAAUCCAAACGCGACCGGCCACGUGCUGAGCGGCGAAAGUCAUCCAAACGCGACCCCUACCCUUUGGAAGAUGAGGACAUGGUCGUCGUUGACAUGGAAGACGUUGAUGGUCAAUCACCGAAAGAAGGCUCGAAAGACUCAAAGCGCAGAUCAAAACGAGAGUCACGUCCUAAGCUGGAGGAUGAAGACGUGGUCAUGGUCGACGGCGAUCAAGCUCGCGCUGCUCCUGAGAUGCUCUCAGGCGGUGACGACAUGGGUUUUGUCGACGCGCCCCCUCGAGAGCGUCGUCUGAAGCGCUCAAACACUACUACUCCCAAGAAGCAGGAUUCCGGUGGGUUCAUGGGUAUCUUUGGGUCACUGCGAAAGCCUGCGAGACCAGAAAUGCCCGAUCGUCGAAAAUCUCGCUCAUAUCGGGAUGAAGAGAGCAGGCAACUCACAGAGACAGAGCGUGAGGAGCGCCGAGCACGACGCGAGGAUCGACGACGAAGAUCUGGGAAAGCCGAUACAGAUGUUGAAGGGUUUGCUACUGACGCGGCUGGCCACGUAGUUGGUGUUGAAACAGAACCCGAGGAUGCGGAGGCCCGCCGAGCUGCUCGACGGGCGAAGCGCACAUCUCGGCAAGCUUCUUCAGACACGCGAGAGAAUGAGGCGGAAGAGCGUCGUGCUCGUCGCCGGGAGAAGCUUCUUGAGCGUGAAUUACACGAACAGCGGGCUCGUGAAGAGGAAGAGCGACGUCGUGAAGACGAACGACGAAUACGCCGCGCCGCACGCGAAGAACGACGGGCUCGAGAAGAACAGGCUGCACGCGAUGCUGCUGCCGCCGCCGAAGAAGCGAGAGCAGCGGAGCGUCGUGAGCGCCGUCGACAGCGAGAGGAAGAAAUGAUGGCUGCCCGCGCCAGACGUGGUCGUUCGCGCGCUGAAGAACCCCCCGUCGACUUUUACAUGGCCGAAGAGCAGUUCGAAGGUCGCCGUGGCGCCCCAGUGAUCGACGACAAGGCGCGUCGACGUCGCUCAAAGGUUGCUCCCCCGCCGGGGCCGAUGCGGGCGCCGUUGAGAACGGGUGGCCUCAAUCAUGGGAAUACAGGUGGGCCCAAGAAAGACAAGAUCUCCAAGUGGGUCUACUCACAAGCUGAAGAGCCCCCUGAACCACCACCCAUCGUGCCCACCCUCAUUGACCUUCCACCGGACGAGGUCGCAGCCGCCGAGAAUGCCCGCUCGCUUUCCUCAGACGAGGAAGCUCGUCGUGCUGCACGCCGGAGAGCUCGUCGCCGAGCCAAGUAUGGUGAGAUGGCCGAAGAAGAGCCGGACGAUGUACGCUCACGCCGUCGACAAUCCCGUCGCGAGGGGAUGAAGAGCAGCUCUGGGAGCGGAGAGUAUGAGCGUGAUCGUGGGAUGCGCUCACAACCUGGGAGUAGACGGGGUGAUCUUCCUACUCAACGAAGCUCCGAGACAAAGAAGUCGAGCUGGUUCAAGAAAUUGACAGGCUUUUAA